AUGGUGACGACGACCAUCAGCCUCCCGUCGCUGCAGAAAUUGGCGUCGGGCAAGGUGCGAGACCUCUUCGCCUUGCCCGACCCCGACACUCUCCUCUUCGUCGCAUCCGAUCGCCUCUCCGCCUUCGAGUCUCGCGGCGCCAGCGUCGUCAUGAAGAACGGCAUCCCCAACAAGGGUGCCAUCCUAACGCUCGCCUCGGCGCACUGGUUCGCCGUACUCGCCGAACGCAUCCCCGGCCUCCGCACCCAUUUCCUCAGCCUCGAACUGCCGGCCGGUCUCGGCGCCGACGAGGCCCGCGCGGUCCGCAACCGCAGCAUGCAGGUUCGGAAGCUGCAGGUGCUCAAGAUCGAGGCCAUCGUGCGAGGCUACCUUACGGGCAGCGCCUGGAACGAGUACCAGGCCCGCGGCACCGUCCACGGCAUCGCCAUGCCCGCCGGCCUGCAGCUCUCCCAGAGGUUCCCCGGCGGUGCCAUCUACACGCCUAGCACCAAGGCCGAGAUGGGUGCCCACGACGAGAACAUCCACCCGGACGAGGCCUGGAAGGAGCUCGGCGACGAGGAAACGGCCCGUCGCGUCCAGGAGCUGUCCCUGCAGAUCUACGAGGUCGCCGCCGCCUACGCCGAGGAGCGCGGCAUCAUCAUCGCCGACACCAAGUUCGAGUUCGCCAAGGACGCCGACGACAACAUCUACCUCGUCGACGAGGUCCUGACGCCCGACUCGUCGCGCUUCUGGCCCAAGGACUCGUACGAGCCGGGCCGCGAGCAGGACAGCUUCGACAAGCAGUUCGUCCGCAACUGGCUCAUCAAGGAGGGGCUCAAGGGAAAGGAGGGUGUCGAGGUGCCGGCCGACAUCUGCAAGGCCACCGAGGACCGCUACAAGGAAGUCUUCCGGCUCCUCACUGGCAAGGCCUUCGAAGACGCCUCGGGAACAUAG